CUCUCUCUUUCCUUUCUUUCACCUUUCUUUCAUACAUCCUCCUCCCUCUCCUGCUGUCUUGCUUUCGGGUUGUUUGCUGCACACCCUCUUUUACUGCUUGUUCAGUCAAUCAGUCACUGACACAGCCCCAUAGAGCCGUUAACGGAGUCUCACUCUCUUUCAUCACACUCAAUAUUUUUGAGUAACUUUAUUGGUCUCACCCGUCCACGUCUGACACUUUUCUGUUCUUCUCCAUUAAUUGUACCAUUAAGAAUCACAAAUGGCGUCGUCUAUUCCCGCAUAUUUGUACGCCUGUAUGGCUCCCGCUGCCUCCAGCACAUCUGUCUAUCUUGCAGGGGUUCCCGCAUCUGAUGAAGGACGUCUGGAGAUAUAUCAGAUCAAUCUGGCCAACAUCAAUUCACCUACUGCCACCUUUAUUGCCAACCAGACAAGCAGCUAUUACUGGAGCAGCGCCGCUCCGAAAGCUUGCCUAGCCUACAAUGGCAAUAAAGUAUCUACCAACAAUCCCAUGUUCAUUCAACAGUUCGGCGCAAAGUCCUACUUCACCAACUUUUAUCCCAAUGGUACAAUUGAUUAUCCCGCUCACUUUCCUGAAAUCGGUUUCAUCUCGAGUAAACUGUUCUCUCUCUCGGGUUCAGUUGGGAACCUGAAUUGGUUCGCUGCAAUGUCAAAUGCCACCAGCUCCCUAACUCGCUCUCCCUGGGUUGGUUUGCGUUUCAACGCUACCUCCAUCGUCGACAGCCGUCGAGAUUAUACCCUUUCCUCAUACCCGACCUUGGACCCAAUGUUAAGUGUCGGUACAUAUAUUGAAUCGUCCAACACACCCGCUCAGGGAUAUAGUAUCGUGUUUGAUAAAAGUGGUGAGGGCGUCAUUUAUACGACCCUGGCUACUGCUGGGUUGUCCCUUACUGGUGCAGAUAGCACUCUGGCCUUGUCGAACCCUCGAAGUGUGGACACGGACGGGAUCGCUCUGACUAACAGCGCCAUUUCGCUCACAAUGACGGGUGUUGGAUACAUUCUGGACAAAGCGUUGGAUGGAGCGACUGUCCUCUAUUCCAUCAAUCCAAGCCAAUCCAACAAAUUGCAGUAUGUUUCAGUUCCUGGCAACGUGCCAACUUUCUCAGCUAGCAUGGUUGCGGCUGCUGUAGGAAGUCGAAUCAUCACCUACAGUGCAGGCAACAAUGGUGCCGUCGUUUUCAACAGCUUCGACACAGCCUCAGGAGCAUGGAGUGGGCCCGGCCUCAGGAAGGCUUCUCCACCUCCAACUCGCUCUGACACCACUUCGCCUUCAAAACCAUCUGAUGGAGGCAAUACCGAGAAUUCAAGUAAAGCACCUCUCGGUGCAAUUAUUGGAGGAGUAGUUGGUGGGUUGGUUUUGAUCGCCUUGAUCGCCUUCUUUGCUAUCCGCCGCCGUCCCAAGAAGAGUACAGAGAUCAGUGCCAAUCCUCAGCCGACUUAUCACGACCCAAACAAAGUACAGAACCCUGCUGCCGCGCCAUUGAUGGAGCAGAAUUAUGUACUUCAGCAGCAACAACAACAGGCAGCAGCUCAAAACUUCCAGAUUCAGCAGCAGCAGCAGUACAAUCUUAAUCAGCCAUAUAUUUCACAACCCCAGCCUGAUAUCUACACUUCGCAACCCAUGGCUCAGAUUCCGAUACAACAGCAAGGAGGAGCCCCUGUCAUCUUCCAGGCGCAGACUCAAGAGCCUUACAACUAUACUCCUCCAACGCUCAUCCCCUUGCCUCAGACUCAGGCUCCCAACAUCUUCCAACCCCAGGCGUCGGAACCGAGCCCACAGACAUAUAGCCAAGCAUCGCCUUAUGCAGCACCUACGACCGCUUCUACACCUCUAACGCCAGCGAGCCAGGCCUAUACCCCAACUCACUCUGGUCAGAUCCCCGCUAGUCCUCAAUACAUUGCUCCCCCAGGUGGCGACCAAUAUGCCUCAUAAGUAGCAUUACAUGGUAAUAUCUUUUUUUCCGUACGGGUCAAAAUAUCAGUUAGCAUCUCACAGUAAAGAUAUUCAUCUUGGGGCGAAUAUAAAAAUAAUCAAUCCAUAAUGGUUUACGGUCCUAUCUAACGAUGGCAAUAGCUAGGAUAUCAAUAAAAAGAAC